AUGUCUAUUCAAGGCAUACGUAGCUUUGGAAAUCGAGAUCAAGAUACUCAAGUCAUAACAUUUUUUUCUCCAUUAACAGUUAUUGUCGGUCCAAAUGGAUCGGGUAAAACAACAAUUAUUGAAUGUUUAAAAUAUAUGGCAACAGGUAUAAUGCCACCAGGUGCUAAAACAGGAGGAGCAUUUGUACAUGAUCCAAAAGUAGCUCAUGAUACAGAAGUACGUGGUCAAAUUCGACUUUUAUUUCAAGAUGUUACAGGACAUAAUGUACAAGUACAACGUACACUUGUUGCAACACAAAAAAAAAUAAAUAUUAGUUUAAGAACUCUUGAAGGUGUUAUUAUUCGUGAAGGUAUUAAUGGUGAACCCAUACAGAUAACAUCAAAAUGUGUUGAACUUGAUAAAGAAAUGGUAACAGCAUUUGGUGUAUCCACAGCUAUACUUGAAAAUGUUAUUUUUUGUCAUCAAGAAGAAUCAAAUUGUGAAGGAAAACAAUUAAAAACGAAAUUUGAUGAUAUAUUUGCUGCAACAAAAUAUAUGAAAGCACUUGAAUUAAUUCGAAAAAUUCGAACAGAAAAAUUACAAACAGUUAAAAUUAGUCGAGCAGAAAUUGGACAUUUAAAAACAUAUCGUGACAUGUUAGUUCAAAAAAAAAGACAAUAUGCCGAAAUUGAUGAACGUCGACAAACAUCGAAAGUUAAUGUUGAAAGUAUUCAACUUAAACUUGAACCUAUUGAUUCUCGUUUGGAAUUUAUUGCUAAAGAAAGUUCGAAAAUGGUUGAUUUUCAACGACGUAUGGAUCGUCUUACAAAUGAAUGUGAAGCAUUAAAAAAGAAAAUUCGUGACUUAAAUGCCGUUAUUGAUGAGCCAUUUCAAGGUUCAGAAGAUGAACUUAAAUUAUUAAUAUCGAAUUUUCAACGUGAUCAAGAUAAAAAGAAACGUGAACUUCAUGAUUUAGAAGCAAAAAAAUUGACGACUGAACGUCAAAUAAAAAAACUUAAUGAUAAACGUACAUCAGAAACAACACGUUUAGGUGGAUAUGAAUUUGAAGAAAAACAAUAUAAAUCAAAUUUAAUUCGUCGUCAACAAUUUAUUGAUGAAUAUAUACAAAAUUCAUCACAAAUAAUUGAUAAAACAAAUUUAAAUAAUUAUUUAGAUAAACAAAUUAAAAUUGAACAAAAAGAUUUAAUGGAAAAACGUUUAUUUUAUCAACAAAAAGAAACAAAUAUUCAACAAGAUUUAGAUAAAUAUCAAGAACAACGUAUUAAAAUAGAAUCAACAAUAAAAUUAAAAAGUUCACAAGUUGAAAAAACUUUAAAAGAAAUUCAAGAUAUUAAACAACAACAAAAACAAAUAGAACAAUAUUUAAAUAAAUUAAAUGAUCUUAAUAAACGUAUUGAACGUAAAGAAGAUGAAUAUCAACAAAAAUUAUCUAAUGAAAUCAAUAUUGAACAAUUAAAAAUUGAUAUUAGUUGUGAUGAACAAAAACGUACACAACUUCAAUUUCAACUUAAAGAUUUAAAUAAUGAAAUUGAUAAUUUACUUGUUAAUUCAAAAAUUAAUACAGAAUAUGAAAUGUUUAAAAAAGAUAAAUCAGAACGUGAUGAACAAAUUCGAAAAAUGUAA